CCAGCCCGCGAGUCCAGCCAGCCAGCCAGGCACCGCACCAUGGAAGCCACCUCGUCCCUCACGCGCUCCCUCUCCCUCGUCCCCCGCCCCCGCCGCUCCUCCCGCGCCGCCAAGUCCUCGCACAUGCCCACCCUCUCCCCGGCGCCGCGCGUCCUCCCGCUCCGCCGCGCCAGGUCGGACGCCGACCUCCUCGGAUCCGUCCCCGCCGCGGCGCCAGGCUCCGCCGGCUCCGUCCUCCUCCGCUCGCCCCGCCCACGCACCCUCGGGGAGAGGGACGACGCGCCGAUGGAGGACUGCUUCGACGGCUCGGGCGCCGGCAAGGGCAACAACAGCUCCGGCCGCGGCGGCGGCAGCGGAGGUGCCGGCGGCAACGGCCAGAGCGCCGGCAUGGGGGAGCACUACCGCAGGCUGCUGAGGCUGGAGCCGGACAACCCGCUGCUGCUGCGCAACUACGGCAAGUACCUGCACGAGGUGGAGCGCGACCUGGCGGGCGCCGAGGAGUACUACGGCCGCGCCCUGCUCGCCUGCCCCGGCGACGCCGACCUGCUCAGCCUCUACGGCCGCGUCCUCUGGGAGGCCAACCAGGACAAGGACCGCGCCGCCGGAUACUUCGAGCGCGCCGUCCAGGCCGCGCCCGACGACUGCUAUGUGCUGGGAUCGUACGCAAGCUUCCUGUGGGACGCCGAGGACGAGGACGAGGAAGAAGCGAGCACGGCGGUGGCCAGCUCUCCGGCGUUGGUGUCGGCCUGCUGACCCUAGCCGUUGAUCUGGAGUGGCGCGGCGGUGGCGGUCUACUGUACAAUACCGCAACGCACUGUACUGUGCGUAGCAGAGCCGGGAUGGCAGCUGGUCGGUGACAUCCUCGGCCGUGUGAAUUGGCAGGCUGGUCAAUCCAGGGAUAGAUCGACGCUGCAUGCCAUUGCCGGCAACAAGUUGAGGAAGGAGACGACGGACUUGAAUCGAUCCGGCCGGGCCACCUGAGGCGUCAGUCAAUAAUAACUACUACUGCUCUACUGAUGUUCUUUGUUGCUACUCUAUUGGCAAUCGCCUACUGCUGCUUAAUUAACCUUUCUUGUACCAAUCACUACCAGAUGUUACUGUACCUAUAGAGCGAGCUUGCUAUCCGCUGUACUGCUCGGCUGAUGCUGCUAAGCUUAAUUCUAGUAUUUCCUUGAUGUGUAAUUACAUGCCGGUCGGGAUAACCUUUGCUUCGAUCAGGCUGUUUUCAUCCAAUAAUUAAGCUAUGUUUAUAAUAA